AGAAAAGGGAUGAAUCUUUUGUUCUGUUUUUGUUAUUACAAGUAGAAAAGGAUGAAUCUUUUGUUCUGUUUUUUUCAGGUGAUGGGAUCAAUCCUUGGGGUUAAACAUAUCAUUCAUGUUUUCCCAGAGAUUGGGAAAGGACCAAAACUAAAUGUAGCGAUCCAUCACGGUGCUUUAACCGAGGGGGUACUAACAUUCUUCAUUGUAAUGCUCUCAUUGGGACUAGCAAGAAAGAUCCCUGGAAGUUUCUUCAUGAAGACUUGGAUUGGUAGCAUUGCUAAAUUAAGUCUCCAUGUUCUUGGAGCUGAUCUAACCGGCGGAUGCAUGAAUCCAGCAGCGGUUAUGGGAUGGGCUUACGCACGAGGUGAACAUAUAACACAGGAGCAUUUACUUGUGUAUUGGCUUGGACCUAUCAAGGCGACAUUGCUUGCUGUUUGGUUCUUCAAUGUUGUGUUUAAGCCUCUCACCGAAGAACAAGAGAAACCUAAGGCUAAAUCUGAUUGAGUAAUAGAGUUUUAGCUCUCAUAUUCAAUCCUCUUCUCAUUAGUUUACCUUAAUGCGUUUAUGUAUGUAGCAAACUCAACUGUAACAAUCAGUUCAAUAAAACCUGCAGAGUAUUUUGGUUUA